CUCAAACCACAGGAUCAAGACGCGUGACAUUCAGAACAUCUUCAAGGAGUGGGAGGCACACAAGGGCGGCUUCCGCAUCAAGUGGCUGGAUGAUGUGAACGCGAUGGUCGUCUUUGCCGACGCUGGCGUCGGUGAGUGAAGCCUUCCUCCCUGACACGACGCGCCGUGCGCCGUGCAUGCCAACGAUCUUUCACACUAACGUUCUCAGCCAAGAAGGCGUAUUUGAGCCUGAUUCUCAACCCCUCCCCGUCCCUUCCUCCGCCGGCCACUAUCCGCCCCUACGACCGACCCGACGCGGGCCAGAUUAUUGCAUCGCUCCAGGCCCGCGCCAUGGGCCACCGUGCGUCUAUGUCGUCGGCAAUGCAGAGUGGCAACUUUGCCGGGCUCGUGCGCGACGACGGCGGUCGUAACUCUGCCGGUGGUGGCAUGAACGGCUUCAAGAUGCCUCUCAACCCUUCAUUCUCUUUUGGGGGCUCGACCCAGCCUGGAAGCAACGGUCGCAACAGCGGUCAUGGCCGCAUGAGCUCGUUUUCCAACCAUCAGCGCGCCGGGUCAGCUUCUUCCAACUGGAACCGUCAGUCGCUCAACGGCGCUCUUGGCUUUGGCAAUGGUAACAACCCUCCUUCGCUCGGGGCCGCGCGCCUCCCUACGCACUCGGAAGCGUCGUCCAACAUCGCCUCGCGCUCAACGUCAUCGGCUGAUUCCAAUGACCCAAUUGUCGUAGUGGACGGCAGCACCCAGCUCAAGAGCACGAGCGCGUCCCUCAGCGGCCAUCGCUCGGGGCACAAGGCGCGGCGGGAGAGUGUCAGUGCGGAGAAGGCACUUCGCGAGGUGGAGAAGGCGCUGCAGAGUGUUGAGGCGCAAUGAAGAACAUGCGCCUUGCGCCCAGUAUCGAUGAUCGGCGAGGCUCUGCACUCCUUCCAAGGUUCACAUUCUGCUUGCACGAAUGUACCCCUCUCCUUGGCUCCCCAGCACAUCGUCGCCCAACCAAGUCCUAAA